AUUACCGCACGGGACCCUGCUUCAGCCAGGUGAACAAGCAGAUGUGUCAAGGCCAACUGAGCGGCAUCGUCUGCACCAAAACCAUGUGCUGCGCCACCAUCGGCCGUGCCUGGGGCCACCCCUGCGAGAUGUGCCCGGCCCAGCCACACCCUUGCCGCCGCGGAUUCAUUCCUAACAUCCGUACCGGAGCCUGCCAAGACGUGGACGAGUGCCAAGCCAUCCCCGGAUUGUGCCAAGGGGGCAAUUGUUUCAACACCGUGGGCUCCUACGAAUGCAAGUGCCCGGCGGGUCACAAGCAGAGCGAGACCAACCACAAGUGCGAAGAUACGGAUGAGUGCAGCAGCAGCCCCGGCGUGUGCAACGGAGGCGAGUGUACGAACACGGUGGGCAGCUACGUCUGCGCUUGUCCACGAGGCUUCAUGACCAGCCCAGAUGGGUCCCGUUGUGUGGGUAAGCGAGACUCUUCACACGGCCUGG